AAAACGAGUGUUUGUGCCACGAAGUAUAGAUAUCUAUACUUCGUGGUUUGUGCCCUCGGUAAGAUUUUGACGUUUCACAGAUACAAUAACAAGAGAAAGCAGCGAAACUGAGUUUCGAUAGUUUUUUAUUUAAAAUAUAAUAUUUUCAAUCAGUUUCCAGUUGAAAAAUUACUGAAUUAUGUCAACUGUUACAUCUCCGUCGGUGGAACUAAGCUCUUAUAGAGAUCAGCACUUUAAGGGCACUAGGGCUGAACAGGACAAAUUAUUAAGACAAUCCACAACCUUAUAUGUGGGUAAUUUAUCAUUUUUUACUACUGAAGAACAGAUUUAUGAACUCUUUUCAAAAUGUGGCGACAUUCGGAGAGUGAUAAUGGGCCUUGAUAAGUACAAGAAAACUCCUUGUGGCUUUUGUUUUGUAGAAUACUAUACAAGAGCUGAUGCAGAAAAUUGUCUAAGAUAUAUAAAUGGGACCAGAUUGGAUGACAGAAUUGUAAGAACAGAUUGGGAUGCAGGUUUCAUUGAGGGAAGACAAUAUGGUCGGGGCAAAACAGGAGGACAGGUCAGAGAUGAAUAUAGAACUGAUUAUGAUGGUGGAAGAGGUGGUUAUGGCAAAAUAAUUCAACAAAAAAUGGGGGGACCAAUGGAAACAGCUUUUUCCAGAUAAGUUUCACAAUAUUAAUUAUUUAAUUUAAUUUUAAAUUUCCUUUAACAUUUAUAUUAAAUUUAAGCUUUUUAUGUAAAA